AAAGUGGCUCCAGCUAUGGCUGCUGGUCUUUUCAACGGGAUAAACAAUGGUGUUUAUAAAUGUGGAUUUGCUAGGAAACAAGAACCCUACAAUGAGGCAGUGAACCAGUUAUAUGAAGCAGUAGAUAGAUGUGAGGAAAUACUCGGAAAACAACGAUACAUCUGUGGAAACACUUUCACUGAAGCAGAUAUCCGAUUAUUCGUCACUCUCAUAAGAUUUGAUGAGGUUUACUCGGUUCACUUCAAAUGCAACAAGAGACUCUUACGGGAAUACCCGAAUAUCUUCAACUACAUAAAAGAUAUCUACCAAAUCCAGGGCAUGAGUAGCACUGUGAACAUGGAACACAUUAAGCAACAUUACUACGGGAGCCACCCUACGAUAAACCCAUUCGGGAUCAUCCCUCACGGCCCCAAUAUCGAUUACUCUUCGCUUCAUGACCGCGACAGAUUCUCCUCGUGAAAAAAAAAUCAAACAUCAAAGGUCAUUGUGUGUGUGAAAAUGUUUCAAGUCAUGUUAUGUUCUACAUCUUGAGAAGUGAGUGUAUGUUUGGAGAUUAACCUAGUUUUUGAAACACUUUGACACAGAUCAUUUUCUUUUAUCAAAAGCUUGUUGAUAUA